AUGGGACCGUCACGCACAUCAACAGUGAAACUUCAGAAUGUGAAUGCACGCUCAGGGGUACAUGAGUCAUCCCGGAGACAUGGCUCGAAUACUAGGCGAAAAGCUGAUGCGCAUGUAAAUGACGCAUCGGCAAGUGACAUUCCUGGCGUGCAAAAACUAAAAUCUGCAUUACGACAGGCACGCCGAUUACUCGCAAGGGACAACCUCGCGGCGGAUGUACGCGUCAAGACGGAACGGCGGUUGAAAUCUCUCCAAUUAGAUCUGGAAACUGCCGAGCGAAGAAGAAAAGAACGUACACUGGCCAAGCGGUACCACAAGGUCAAGUUCUUUGAACGCCAGAAGGUGCUGCGCAGGAUCAAGAAGGUGAAGAAGCAAUUGGAACUGGAAGACUCGCCGCUUUCGAAAGAGGCGGUAACGAAGCUCGAGAACACGCUCUUUGAAUUUCGCGCUCAGCUCAAUUAUAUUUUGGUACGUUACCAUAAUUAUCCCAAGCUCGAGAAAUACAUUUCAUUGUUCCCGCCAUCUAAGGAAGAAACCGAGAAAAAUCCAGAUCUCAGCGAAGCCUUUCAGACACCGCAAAGCGAGACGGACGAGCGCAGGGAAGACCUCUUGCGCAUUAUCAAGCAAAAGAUGGCGAUGGGCGAGCUGAGCGAUGAACCGGAACUUGAUGUAGAAGGUACUACGGCUUCUGCCUCGGCGACGUUGUCACAUAUGGCAUUGGGAACACCGGUGAAGAGCGGAGCGCCUGCUCAAAAAGGGAAGAAAGGCCGUCCAGAGAUGUCAAAAUCCGAGGACAACGUGCCAAGGGAAACAGACCGUGUGGCAGACGAUAACUUCUUCGAAAUAGAUACACAUGCAGAAUCGGGGUCAGAAUCAGUCUGGGACUAA